AUGGUCGAAGACUGCACACUGGUGUAUUACAGUUUCCCUAGAAUUCUCUUAACAAUGAUAGGACUUUGGCCAUAUCAGGACACGAAAUUCAUUUUAAGAAACAGCUUUAUCAGCUUCAAUUUCUUUCUGUUUAUCGUGGCUCAGUGUCUUCAAAACCCGAGAAUUCAUGCUAAAGUACGUUUCGUUCGUGCUGAUAAGCUUGGGCUCUUUUGCAAGGUACAAUAUAAAUUGGUAUCAACUCCCUGCAGUAAGUACUCGAUCGUCCAGUUAGAUAACAAUUUGCUUGUAAGCAUUUUGCAAAGUACACAUAAAUCGUAA